AUGCGAAAAAUCUACGGAGAUUACAUUACUCAGAAGCGUCUCGGAUCUGGAAGUUUCGGAGAGGUUUGGGAAGCAGUCAACCACAAUACUAGACAAAGAGUUGCUCUAAAAUUGGAACCCAGAAACUCUGAAGCUCCUCAACUUUUUUUUGAAGCUAAACUUUACUCAAUGUUCCAAGCCUCCAAGGCCACAAAUAAUUCCAUAGAGCCAUGCAACAAUAUUCCAGUUGUCUAUGCUGUCGGACAUACAGAAUCAACAAAUUAUAUGGCAAUGGAAUUACUCGGAAAGUCUCUUGAGGAUUUAACAUCUGGAACACAGAAGUUUUCGCAAAAACUGUAUUAA